AUGUCGCUCGACGCAUUCAUCGCACAGCAGGACAGGCAAUUCGAUACAUUCCGCAUGCGAUAUGCCAUGCAACCGCAUAUCCAGGAUGCAAUUCCAUCUACACGCCCAAUGACUGAUCUACCGGGCAGCAAACCCUCAGACGCGUCUCUCCACUCACAGCUCAAGAGCUCUGCAUCAGCAGCGCGCAUCACAACGGCAAUCUUGGAAGGCUUCCCACACGAGCGAGGACGGCCGGUCGCGGUUGACGCGCCACAGGAGAUGCAUGUUACACAAACACCACAUCCGCGCGACGUCGCACCACCACUCCCCAAUGAUGGUGGUGGUGACGCGAAACGCUUCAGUCGGACCAGCGCGUAUGCUGCAUUUCGUGAGAUAUUGGUCCAUAUCGAUGAUGACGGCAAGAGUGAGAUUGACACGCUUGACUCACAGCGAUAUUCCUACCAGCAAGGUCGUGAUAAACGCAGCUCUGCACCGAUUCCGAUUGCUGGUGGUAUUCAGAUUCGCAAGUUGGGACCUGCGCCUUGGCAGAUGGAUGAUGAAGAUAGUGACCUUGAGGAAAAUGAGCUUCGUUAUCGAGCCACGGAACGUGCAGUUGCUGGGCUAGGCGUCUCGAGCCUUCAGCAUGCCUCGACGACUUCAUUGGAAUUUGCAGGCGAUGUGCCUCGCUCACGCACCGCCAGUGGCGAAAGUGACCCCAGUCUUCCAGCCACGGCCACCUCAAAGCAUAAGAAGAAGGAUGGACAACCACGGAAGCGAUCUGUUUUUGGUUUCAUGAAACGCGUUGCUGGUAGUUUGAGCGCAUCACCAGCGAGUGAUUUGGGGUCUUGGUCACGCAAAGGGUCGGCAGGAUCCAACAAGACUGGUGAAACGAGUGCUCCUGCGAGUCCCAUCUGGACGACGCACGAAGAAGCAGCAGCAGUGUCGAUGGAAACGCGUUCAAUGACACCACCACCAGCAGUCAUUCACGCCAUGCCAGUCUUCACAGCGCAGCAAGAACACGUACCGAGCACCACUGAAAAGGCACUCCCUGCACAACCCCUUCCGAAAUCAGAAUCUGGACAAGCCGUUCAUCGACUCAUCCAGGGCGCCAUUGUAUUUGAAGAACCACUAUCUAGAGAUCGUCUGGCUCUCGCACCAGCCAUGUCGUCUCCUGUUCGUCGGAUACGGCCGUCUUCCUCUGUUCCACAAUUGCCUGCGACCUUUGAAACGCCUAGCAGACGUUCGAGUCAGGAGGAGGUGGAGGAUGCCGUGCGUGCACAGGUCUACGAUGCUGCUGAUGAUGUCGUACAGCGUGAACGUGCUGCGCAACAUGCGGCAAUGGUGAAGAAACGACAACAGGAUCGCAUGUCACGCAUGUUUGACCAUAUCGUCAUGCAGUAG